UAUUCCUCCACUUUUCAAUUUUCAUUCAUUUUUUUCAAUUAUUUUAUCAUUCCUCUGAGAUAGAGCUACAGCACCAUUAUCAUUCAUCUCCAUUACUUUCCUAUUCGAUCCUCGAUCCCUCUCCCACAUAGAAGAUUCAUCACCCCAAAACCCAAUUUUUUUUAAUAAUACAACUGCAAUUAUUUUUAUUUUCUCAGUAAAAAAAAAAAAAAAGAGAAAUGAGUUCGAUUCAUUUGUUAAACACUCUUGCUGUUCCGCUUCGUUCUUUUUCUCCUCCGUCGCUCUUUCCGCAAUGCCAUUCUCCUCUCCGUUCUUCUUCCGCUGUUCCAAAACGGCGUCGUUUCUCUAACUCCUCUGGGUUCCGUCUUGCUUCAAGUCAAACCGUGAAUUCGGUUCCGCGUGCGAAUGGAACUUACACCGUUUCGGAUUUCAUGACAAAGAAGCAAGAUUUGCAUGUUGUCAAAACCACCACCACCGUUGAUGAAGCUUUGGAGGCUCUUGUAAACAACAGAAUCAGUGGUCUUCCGGUGAUCGAUGAGGACUGGAAUCUGGUUGGAGUUGUUUCUGAUUAUGACUUAUUGGCUAUUGAUUCGAUAUCAGGAGGUCCUCAAAGUGAUGCAAACUUGUUCCCCGACGUCGAUAGUACUUGGAAAACGUUCAAUGAGUUACAAAAGCUGCUUAGUAAGACUAAUGGCCAAGUUGUUGGUGACUUGAUGACUCCAACUCCACUUGUUGUUCAUGAAUCGACUAGUCUUGAGGAAGCUGCUAGGCUGUUACUUGAAACAAAAUAUCGUCGACUACCUGUGGUAGAUGAUGAUGGAAAGCUGGUUGGACUUAUUACACGGGGAAAUAUUGUUAAGGCGGCUCUACUAUCAAAACGUGCUGGAGAGUGGUGAUAGUGUUUGUGAAAAGUUAUUCAAAUAGAUUUGCUUGCAGGUUGUGCUGAUGAUGGUCAGCGUAACCUCUAUAUUUAUUAGCUACGGAUAAUGUUAAUGUAUGUAGUUAUACCUAGUAGAUAUUUAGACUAUUACAAAUGUAUAUGGCACAAGCCGAAGGAGGAGCUGAAGGCAACUUUUGAUGGCCUUGUGAGAUCUUAGUGGUGUAUAAAAAACCAUAGAGGGAAGUGAUUUAUCGAUCACCUGUAUUAAGUUAUCAACCUUGUGUCGGUACAUUGGAUUGUUUGUUUCAGGCUAGGAGAUACUACAUCCUGUUCUUUAUGCAGUCUCUGAUAACUGACAUUUAUGAGGUCAGAAUAGAUCAUUUGGAGCCCUUUAUUAUGAACUUAAUACUGUAAAGUGCUUAGGAUUUUAAUUAUAUGCAAUUAUGUCCUGGUUUUGUUGAA